CCCCCUCCCACCUUCUCCGCUCAUCCCAGCUCUCCGCCGCCCGCCCGGUAACCGAGACGUCUUCCAUCCUCUAUGUGUCAGAAUCUCACUCCGAUGUAACCGAGACCAGCAAAUCAACAUGUUGCCAUCAUUGGGUGAAGAUAUUGAAAUGGGGUACCAAGAGGUGUGUUAUGGUCUACAAAGCGAUGACGGGCCCUUCUUCCCAAUGAAAUGGUUUAUAUGAGCUUUCCAUUCGGUGUUCACCAGCUCCUCCUUAUGGUUUUCGGCUUUGGACCUAAAUACCACAUGCCCCAGCAUUAUGACAUAAGAUCUUCCCUCUUCUAUGAAACAAUAUGGGAGAGUAUUCGUGGAGAACAAUGACCACCAUGUCCAAGAUGUGAUCUCAUUCCGUCCCUGGAAAAAAAUGGUGGGAUCAAUUGUUCGGUUGGCUUCCUAGAAGCCACUGUUGGUUUCUGGUUAAACAAACUGCCUUUGUGGAAAUGUCUUCUCCUUCGCAUACCUAAAAGGACUAUUUUCCAUGAACACCAUAAAGUUCCCUCACUAUAUUCUUCUUUUUCUAAAAAAAAAAGACCCCAAAGGAUUCCAGGGAACCAUGGGUUUCAGAUGACUAUAACUUACCAAUAGCAAACCUACGUUGGCCUAAGGAAGAAAACUGGACUACGAAAACCAAAACUCACCGUGUAUCCUUAGAUUCUCAUGAAUUCUUUGGAUAGUUGUCCAAUAUAGAAACGGGUCCUAGGUCUGAGAAGAAAAACGAAUUACCCCCAGAUGGGACUUUGAAGGUCAGGUCCUAGGCCUGUGGACUAAAACUCCAUUCAUGCAAAAGACCUAUGGUCUGAUUUGGUCCGUCGCUCUUGGAGGGUUGGCAAAGGGUCUACGUGAAUGGAAGAGGAUGUGGUUGGUGACCUUCUAGCUACAGCCGGGGUGGUUGGUUGAUUCUACGUUAGACCAAUGCGGUAUCAGGGGAUAUGGCUGUGGGAUGAAGAUGCCAGACUGAGACUCCAAAAGUCUCCGUCAUCUGGGGGGUCUAGAGGUCAGACUCCGGAAGAUGACCCCAAGCUCCCCUGACACUGUGACACAUCUUGGGAAAGAAAAGGCUGGAGAAAUGAAUCUGCUGUACAGGAAGAGCCGGGUGGAGUGGAGACAGAAAGAAGAGGAGCCUAAGAAGAGCUCUGGUAAGGUUCGGGACAUGGCUUCCUUCCGCCGCCACUUUCGAAUGGGCUUCAUGACGAUGCCAGCCUCUCAGGAGCGGGCCCCUCUCCCUUGUGCUAGUGCCAUGGCCCCUCGAUCCCUUUCCUGUCACUCGGUGGGCAGCGCACCAGAGGAGAGCGGAAAUGAAGGGGGUCCAUCUGGGAGGAGGGCCCCGGCUAAACCCAAGAGGAACCCCAGCACAAAACUCAGCUUUGGUGGAGAUGGGAGGACAGCAGAGGAACGUAGGCUCAGAAAAGAAGGGUCCCUAAAAAGUGCCUCUGACUCUCGCCGGUUGCCACCGCAGAAGCCGCAGCGCAGCCCGCACACGCAUCUCUCAGCUUCAUUCGAUGACGCCUAUGCCAAUCGUCCAGCCUCUUCAUCUGCCAUUCUAAACCCCAACACCCGCGCCUCUUCGCCUUCCCCCGAAGAACCCGUCUACAUUGAGAUGGUCGGCAAUGUCUCCCGGAGACCUCCACCCCCUCCAACCCCGGCUCCAACAGAAGACGAGUCAGAUGGUGAAGAAGAGGCUAUAUAUGAAGAAAUGAAAUACCCAGUCCAUGAGGAGCACCCAUCCAUCCCUCGUCAUCCUCACCGUCGCCGACCGCCGCCGCCUAGAACUCCCGAGGUUGACAUUCCUCCGCCAUUUCCCAACCUUCUGCAGCACAGACCUCCUCUUCUGGGUGAGCCGUCUGGCAAAGGCCAAAAAGUCACAAAGCCGUCAUCCAAGCUGCCAGUGCCCCACAAAGAGGUGCCUUCCACAGCGUCCUCGUCAUCUGUUCACUUGCCGCCAUCCGGUCGCGCCCGCAGCCACUCAACCCCGCUACCACCUCAAAACUCCGUCCAGCGCAGGCCAGACUCUGAAAUCCCGCGGGGGUCGGCUUGCUUACAGGAAAAAGGGGGAUCCAUGUUGCCUAUUCCUCAUGGACAUGCUCGGGACAAAGCUCUUUCCUACACCAUGGUGUAUUCUUCCGUCAAGGUGACCCAUUCACUCCUACCAGCCUCACAAUUAGAGGAAAAGACUGAGAGGGAAAUCUCAGUCUUGUCCGGACUCAUCUGCCCAGCGUCCCGUGCAGGAGCAGGGACGCCAAUCCCCAGUCGACCUCCGUCAGCACACCUCCACCAGGUACAAGGGGAGCAGGCUUCUCCUCCUGUCUGGACGUACCCUGCAAGCAAGAGACCACCAGCAUAUGAGAACAGCAUAAAGGGCUCGAGAACACCCAUCGUUCAGGCCUCGGAACCUCGUGGGAGUGGACAGGUGGAAGAGAACCGAGCAGGUUCAGUGUGGGAGUUACAAAGAAGGAUGUCGUGUGGGCGUAGAAGUCAACUUGGAGAACCAAUUACAGACGGCUCCCGCAUCUGGAAUGGGAAUGCUGGGAGGUCGGAGAAGGGGGCCCAUACACCUAUAGUGUCCGGAAUUCCUGUUCGGAGUCAGCAGAGCCUGGACAGUGCGAUGGCCCGAGGGGUAACCAGGACUGGGCUUCCUGUGCCGUGUCAGACCUUCCCGGCAUGUCAUCGGAGUGCAGAUUUUGGAGGUAGUUAUCGCCUUGGCAGAUCCGCCUCCACGUCCGGAGUGCGUCAGACCUCCGUUCAGAGGCAGAAUCAGGCCGUCCUGUCCCCUACCCCCAAUGUGGUCCCCGGGGGCCGUGAACGCGAUGGGAAGCUGCAAGAGGUCAUCGAGAGGAAAAGGUUCCUGUGUCACGAGAUCAAAUCUCGCCAGCCGCGGGCUGAGCGGGGCCUCUGCAAGCAGGAAAGCCUGCCCAUCCUGCCAAGCUGGCGUCGGGGAUCGGAGGGCCGCAAAGGCGGGACCCCGCCGUGCCAUCGGCAACAGGCUGUGCUGUGGGACACUGCUAUCUGACUGCAGCCACCUCACCCUCUCUUCACCCAGGGGGGCGCUGGCCGACACCCUUUGGCAAGAGGGCAUGAGGAAAAGAGGGCGCGAUGGGAGUGACGGUCUACAGGGAAUACGGUUAAGAGAGGAAAGACGAGGCGCUCUGCAGAUGCCAAGGCAGCGUGCGGGGCAGGCAGACAGAACAUCCAAAAGAUGAGAGUGGAAUUUCACACCGGGACAAGAAAUGUCUUCUGCAAAAUUGGACGAUGGGAGUGGUGCAAGUCAAUGAGGGGCAUGGUGAGGGUCCAGUCCCAACCAGGUCCUCCAAAGUCAUGUGAGAUGGACUGUGGAAAUCCAAGCCAAGAGGCUCCUCCCAGAGAUACACCACACAACCACCGCUCUAAAGUCACUUCGGACAGGAAAGAGACCCUGCAAAUCCGGUCAAGGGCUAAACCAGCAGGAGGCACUACCCGGUACAACGCCCUAUUCACUCUCCCUCCAUAGAUAACGGGGUAGUGUGGUCUUUCCGUCCAAAGAGAACAUUUAAUAUCAGAAUUGCUACACUAAGCAAUCACACUCUGUAACCCUCUUUUAGGAUAAAAUAUCAACUUUAAAGAUUAAUUAAUACCCCCCCUCCCUCCCCCAGAGACCUAUAGGAAACAACCGUGUGUAUGUAGGCCACAGGGGUCUGUUUAUAAAAAUCAGCAUUUCAUUUUGUAGAAUUUUGCCUUAUUUUGCCUUCUGACCCCCUUUCCAAAUGAGUGUGGUGUUGCCUUUUGGGCGGGCUAAUGGUUGAGGCUUAGAUGUAGGCACCUUAUUGUUGGGGAGGUAGCUCCAGGGGCAUGACUUGACCCCAAAGUCAAGUCUUUAGUAUCAACGUUAAACCAGGGUCAAAGUAAAGGCUCUACUGGCCCCAUUAGUGAAGGGGUGGUAGCUCCAGGGGAAAGGCUUGAUCCCUAAGUCAAGUCCUUGGUAACAAAAUCGCUUCAUUAUUGGAUGGGGUGGUAGGUCCAGGGGCAGGGCUUCACCCCAAAGUCAAGUCCUUGGUAAAAGAAAAUGAUACCAGGGUCAAAGUAAAGGCUCUACUGUCCCCAUUAGUGGAUGGGGUGGUAGCUCUAGUGGCAGGGCUUGACCCCAAAGUCAAGUCCUUACUAACAAAGUGAAAACAGGGUCAAGGCAUCCAUUAGUGGAUGAGGUGUUGGCUUCAGGGGCAGGGUUUGAUCCCAAAGUCAAGUCUUUAGUACCAAAGUUAAACCAGGGUCAGAGUAAGGGCUCUACUGGCCCCAUUAGUGGAUGAGGUGGUGGCUCCAGAGGCAGGGCUCGACCCCCAAAGUUGAGUUCUUAGUAACAAAGUGAAACCAGGGUCAAAGUAAAGGCUCUGCUGGCCCCUAUUGGUGAAGGGGGUGGUAGCUUCAGGGGCAAGGCCUAACCCCUAAGUCAAGUCCUUGGUAACAAAAUCAAACCAAGGUCAUAGCAAAUGCUCUAUUUGCCUCAUUAUUGGAUGGGGUGGAAGGUCCAGGGGCAGGGCUUUACCCCAAAGUCAAGUCCUUGGUAAAAAAAUAUAUAUAUACCAGGGUCAAAGUAAAGGCUCUACUGACCCCAUUAGUGGGUGGGGUGGUAGCUCUAGGGGCAAGGCUUGACCCCCAAAGUCGAGUCCUUAGUAACAAAGUGAAACCAGGGUCAAAGCUAGGGCUCUACUGCCCCAUUAGUGGAUGAGGUGGUGGCUCCAGGGGCAGGGCUUGACCCCAAAGUCAGGUCCUUAGUAACAAAGUGAAACCAGGGUCAAAGUAAAAGGCUCUACUGCCCCAUUAGUAGAUGGAGUGGUGGCUCUAGGGGCAGGGCUUGACCCCAAAGUCGAGGCCUUAGUAACAAAGUGAAACCAGGGUCAAGGCAAGGGCUCCACUGCUCCAUUAAAAGAUGAGGUGGUGGCUCCAGGGGCAGGGCUUGAGCCCAAAGUCGAGGCCUUAGUAACAAAGUGAAGCCAGGGUCAAAGCAAAGGCUCUACUUUCCCCAUUAGUGGACGGGGUGGUAACUCCAGGUGCAAGUCUUGACCCCUAAGUCAAGUCCUUAGUAACAAAAUCAAACCAGGGUCAAAGCAAAUACUCUAUUUGCCUCAUUAUUGGAUGGGGUGGUAGGUCCAGGGGCAGGGCUUCACCCCGAAGUG